GGCUGUUCAUUAUCCCCACUGACAUUAUUUUGAUUGCGAAAGUUUGUGGGCUUCCAGCUUUUCUUUAAUAUGCAUUAUUAAUUAAAAAUACUUGUUAAUCGGCGGUGGUGUAACGUGUUGGACUAUAACAAAGUUCGCUGGGAGGAUGUCGCUCCAGAAAAUGAUCUAAGGGAGCUUUAACCUUAAAUCUAAAGCAGUGAAAGGAACAUUCCAUUCCACGAAAUUCCGCACGCGGAAUUGCAUAAACGUGUGGGAACUAACAGAUUGUGGAUUCCAAGACUGUUUUCUCCGAGUUUUUUUAUAAAACGGACCCGGCAUGGACGAGUCGCAGCACAACAUGCACGACGGACCCCACGACAUGAUGGACCACACCCAGAUGAACGCCGACCACUCUGGUCACGCGGGCCAUCACGGUCUACACUCCGACCACAUGGACAUGAACGUUACAGGCUACGAGGGCAUGCACGGCAUGAACAUGUGGUUCACGUUUUCGACCAGCGGGACUGUUCUCUUCGAGCAGUGGUCGUUCUCGACGGUUGGCGGACUCGUGGGCUCGAUGAUCGGCAUAUUCUUCAUGGCCGCCCUCUACGAGGGUUUGAAAUACUACAGGGAGUAUCUGUUUUGGAAAACGUACAACGCCCUGCAGUAUAGGGCGGUUAACUUGCCGGACCAGGGAUCGGUGCCCGACGACAAUCAAGUCAUCCACGUUGUCGGAGAGGUCAUUCACAAACAGCCGCCGACGAUGUUGAGUAAGAUCCACUUCUUCCAAACGUUCUUGCAUAUGGUGCAGAUGGUGCUCAGCUAUUUUCUGAUGUUGAUUUUCAUGACGUACAACGUGUGGCUGUGUCUGGCGGUGGUGGCCGGCGCCGGAGUCGGGUACUUCCUUUUCGGCUGGAAGAAGUCGGUCAUCGUCGACGUGACGGAACACUGCCAUUGACGUCGGGUGGUCAUAGUCAAGAGUAACGUUAGUUUGUUCGAUUACGGACCGACAUUUUGACGUGUCGCAACGGGCUGUGCCUCGCGAAUUUUUUAAAACGGGCCGCCGCGCUCGCACUAGACGCGACGCCAACAUAACCUAACUUUCGUCGACAAUGACUGUAUUUUAAAAGAAGGCUAUAAAUGUAUCCUUUAAAUAAUAACGUAAGCAGGGCGGCGUCGCUGGACGAACCAAGGCCAUUUUUUUACCGCUCCGAAAUGCCCAACUGUUUUCCCGCUAUUUUUUUUUUCUCGUUAUCGCCGCGAUCUAAUUUUAAGAUUAUAUCGACUUUUUUUUUAACGAAUAUUGUUGACUCCAGCGGCAAAAGGGGCCUCUUUGCGCAUAAGUAUUAUUAGACUCAGUAAGGGAUAAAAAUUAUUUUAGAUUAUUCUUCUUAUCCGACGGCGAAACGCACAAUGUGAGGCCGAUGGUUACCUCCAAAAAUGACACUCAAAUCCCGGCUUGUUAGCUAUAACACAGGGUAUAUUUUUAUAGCGGCCGCUGUUACCGUGUUCGAUCGGAUAUCGGGUAUAUGUCUCUUAUUUUUUUCUCUUUUAAGUUGUUAUUCCUAUUAGUUCAGUUUUUCUUGGUUUUAGAAUAUUUAUUGUAAAAUGUGUGUUUAUAAAUACAAGCAAUUUUGACUCUA